GCCUCCAUUAAUACCAGCUGUCUCCUCCCACAACCAUAAUCAUCCCAGUUUUGUUUUGCAACAACACUAACGUCACCAACUACCAAUAACCUGACAUCGAUUUGUCUACUAGGAAAAGAAAACAUUUGUAUUUUUACUGAGGAAAGACGCUGGUCCCUUUUCUUUCUGACAACACACCGGAGCCAACAUGGUAGUCGGAUUCCGCUGUCCGGUAAUCCUGUGGCUGUCCCUGGCCGCCGUGCUGGGUUCGGUCUUCGGGCUUGGUGAGGACAUCGACCGGCCUCUGUUCGGGCCUCCAGGCUCUCUUAUCCGGCUGCAAGAGUCCGACCCUGGCCUGAAGAAGGCUCUGGCGUUCGCCGAGGAGCGCUACAACCAGGGCUCCAACGCCAUGCAUCUCCGCAAAGUCAGCCGGCUCCUCUCUGCCACCAAACAGCUGGUUAAGGGUAUCCGCUACACCAUAACAGUGGAACUGAGUAACACUCAAUGUAAGAAAUCCACCAUGCUCAGGGCAUGUGACUUCUAUCCCGAGUUACAGAAACUCAAGACCGAGGUGUGUGUGUUCGAAGUGUGGGACAUUCCCUGGCAGGGCACUUCAACUCUGCUCAAACAGAAGUGCCAGCCUACAGUUGAACCUCAACUAGAAGAGACCAACAAGGUCGUGGAUGCAUCCACCAGCCAGCCUCUGGAGGAGUCUGUGGAGCUGUUGGGCCAGUUCAAAGAGUUCAUGGUUAAAUACAAUAAGGUCUACAGCAGCCAGGAGGAGGCAGAUCAUCGUCUGCGCAUCUUCCACCAGAACCUGAAAACUGCAGAGAAGCUCCAGUCUUUGGAUCAAGGUUCGGCUGAGUACGGAGUCACCAAGUUCAGCGACCUAACUGAGGAAGAGUUUCGCUCUGCAUACCUGAACCCACUACUGAGUCAAUGGACUCUUCAUCGACCAAUGAAACCGGCCUCUCCUGCCCGAGGCCCUGCCCCUGCCAGCUGGGAUUGGCGGGAUCAUGGAGCUGUCAGUUCCGUUAAGAACCAGGGUAUGUGUGGAUCCUGCUGGGCAUUUUCUGUGACAGGCAACAUCGAAGGCCAGUGGUUCCUAAAAAAUGGGACGCUGCUGUCCCUCUCUGAACAAGGUAACACACACACACACACACACACACACAGAGGCUCAAACACAAAUGAUACAAUAAUGUUCAUUGAUUUGUCCUUCACAGAGCUGGUUGACUGUGAUGGGCUGGACCAGGCAUGCAAAGGAGGGCUGCCGUCAAAUGCUUAUGAAGCUAUUGAGAAGCUGGGUGGCCUGGAGACAGAGACUGACUACUCCUACACUGGGAAGAAGCAGAGGUGCGACUUCACCACCAUGAAGGUGGCCGCCUACAUCAACAGCUCUGUGGAGCUGUCCAAAGAUGAGAAGGAAAUUGCAGCUUGGCUGGCUGAGAAUGGACCAAUCUCUGUUGCGCUGAAUGCCUUUGCCAUGCAGUUCUACAGGAAGGGUGUGUCUCACCCUUUGAAGAUCUUCUGCAACUCCUGGAUGAUCGACCACGCUGUGCUGCUGGUGGGAUUCGGAGAACGUCAAAGUAUCCCAUUCUGGGCCAUCAAAAACAGCUGGGGAGAGGAUUAUGGAGAGCAGGGUUACUACUACCUAUACAGGGGGUCCAAUGCCUGUGGGAUCAACAAGAUGUGCUCAUCUGCUGUAGUCAAUUAAAGCACCACACACACCAUCAUACUACAUGUACCACUACACACACACACACACACACACACACACACACACACACACACACACAGACAUUUGAUCAUUCAAUCAGACACACAUGAAAUCCUACUGAAGUUUUCCGUUAAACCCAACUUAGUGUUCCACCUUAAUACCUCACACCUCGUGUCCGUUUACUAAACUAAAAACAUACCAGCUCUAAUUGAAGCUAGCUUUGCUGAAGUUGUUUAAAGAAAUUUUAAAGUUUAUUUUAUGCGCGCAUUUUAUUCCGUUAGCCCUGCAGGUCGUACUGAUUGCUGUGUUUUACUCAGUUUUGGUUUUAACUCAUCUUCCCUCAAAGUAACUGGGCCCACAAUUCAUGAAGAGUGUGCACUUAUUGUUAUACUUCUCGUGUGUUUUCUUGGAUGUUAUGUUACCAGUGUUCAUGCUAAUGCUAUGUAGUACUUGAGAGGGGUUUUGAAAGAAAGGGGGUUACCUCAUAUUGGCCUGCACAUUACUGGAUAACUGCAAUGUAAUUGUAAAGACUGCUGUAAGACAGUGAGAAAUGAAUGAAGGUUGACUAAAAAAAUGUGGAAUCCUA